AUGUCCGUAGCGCGCCUCCCUACAGCCCACAUCACCCUCUCGCGCCUUCCCUCUUCGUCGCGCCUCCUCCUCCUCACGUUUCUGACGGUAGCGCGCACAUUUCCGCCCGAAGCGCGCUCUGCCGUCCCCCCCCCCCCCCCCCCCCCCCCCCCCGCCUUCGCCGUCCCGUCGCGCGCCCCUUGCGCCUCCGCCGCCACGCGCGCGUCGCACUGUCCAGCAGCGCGCGCGCCUGCCUUUCCUUGUGCCGGGCUCUCCCCUUCCUCAAUCCGUCCACCCUCCCUCACCCUCCUCCUCCUUUCCACUCUCAUUUGUGCUUCCCCCCACCACCUCACCUCUUCCUCCUCCUAUUUUCUCUCCUUAUCUACUCCUCUUCCCACACUCCGCCUCUUCACCAUCCUCUCCUCUCCUUUCUCCCUCUACUUCCCCUCACUAUCUCACCUUUUCCUCCGCCUCUUUCCCCUCCUCAAAAUCUACCCUUCAUACCAUCCGCCCCUUCACCAUCCUCCUCCUCUCCUUCCUCCCUCUAAUUCCCUUCACUAUCUCACCUUUUCCUCCGCCUCUUUCCCCUCCUCAAAAUCUACCCUUCUACAUCAUCCGCCCCUUCACCCUCCUCCUCCUCUCCUCUCUCCCUUCAUUCCCCUCCCCAUCUCACUCUCUCCUCCGCCUCUCUCCUCUCGUCUACUGCUGCAGCCGGUUGCCGGCUUUGCUUCGUAA